GGGAAAGAAUGUGUUUUAUGUACUAGUUGGAACACAUACACAUAAACACACUCAGCAACGGCAGUAGUAUUAAUGAGGACCAUCAGGCCAUGUGUCCAUGGGUCUUCUCCCUCUAGUGUAUGACGUGACGAGACCACUGUGUACUUCCGUUACCCUGUCACAGGCCAACAGACUCCUGUUUAAAAUCUACAUAGCUUUACAAAGGACAAGAACGUAAUGCACAUUGGCUAGAUUGUCUCCUUUUUUUGCAGCUUGUAUUAGUUGAAAACAUUUCAGAUUAAAUGUAUGGGUGUCAGAUAACAGAUUGGAUAGAUAUGCUAUUUUAAUCAUUUAAAGUGGUCUCGAUUAGUCUGAAUUGGCGUGAUAAAAAUGUUUUUAGUAGUACCAUAUUCUAACUGCAGGUGGAAGCUUGAGAUACAUCACUGACAUGGAGAGGAAGGUGCAGUUAGAAGAAGAGGAGGAGAGAGAGAGGGAGGAAAUAAGGGAGGGAGUGAAAGCGAGUGACAUGGGGAGAAAAUGGGCAGAGAAUGUGUCUGUCAUGUCAUCACUGAAGACUGUCCGUGGUAUCCCGUGUUCAGAGACUAAGCCUAAGUCCUCUCUAUCUUUCUUUCUCCUCUCCUCUUUUUCUCCCCCCCUUCUCUCUGCUUCUCUCUCUGGGCUGACCGUUUCUCACCCUUGCGUCUGCUAGACAGGGGUGCGCAGUUCCAGCGUGUCUCCCAGCAGAUGUGGAAGGCUAAGUUGCUGCGUCAGGAGCAGAGCUAAAAGGCUAACAUCUGAGAAGCAGAGAGGACGACAACAUGCCUCCCUGACCACCGCCAGCGCCAUCCCUAUUUGCAUACAACCUUCAGGAUAUCCUCUCGGUGAAGAUGUAGUCCAACUGGUUGCCUUGGAGAUGUUUCUAAACAGGGCUUCCUCUUGGCACCGUCCCCGUGCCCUGUUGCUGUGGACUCUGUGGGUUCUACUCCUCCCCUCAACUGUCACCCUGACCACAGGCCCCGGCAACAGCACCCUGCUCUUUGACAGCACCGACAACAGCAACAGCCUGCGGAACUGCAGCUGCUCCGCCCACAUCCAGGACUGUGACGAGGCGCUGGCCAACCUGCUGUGCAGCUGCCACACUGUGGUGCGCUCCAAGCUGACCCCCGGUGGCCUGAGGGAGCAGGGCGGACUGACUGUGUGGCUCAGAGAGCCCUGGGUUCUCACAGAGCUGCUGAAUGGCAGCGUGGUGCUCGACCUCCGCCUGUCGUUCUGUGGCACUGGCACCCUGGCCAUCCCCAACCAGUACCUGGCCCUGUUUGGCCUCCGUAGGCUGAGGGUCUAUAGUGCUGCCCAGGAAGCUCCACACCUGGAGCAGGUCCUCACCAUCUCCUCUAGAAGUAGGGAUAUGGAGGGGAUGGGGUACCUCUCCUCCACUGACCUCGCCUCCCCCUCCUCCGUUCUCCAUGUAUCCAUCCUGGAUGUGUCAGUGCUAAAUGGGUUGUCGUCCCUGAAGGCCUACAGUGUGAGUGCCACUCCCAUGUCCACCCUCUUCCAAUACUUCCCCCACCUGCCCCUACACCCCUCCACCGCCCUGGAUCAGCCCCCGGAGCCCCAACAGGACUGCCUCCUCACCUUCAUAUACUAGACCUGUAGGCUCUGAGCUCAGAGCUAGAUCUGUGGAAACUAGACUGGGCUGGAUGGAUGACACAGGUGCCUACAAGAGCUCCAUCCACCCAGAUGUUACUGAAUGGGCUUGAUGUGCAGAGCUGUGCUGCUUUUCAAUGUGUGUCUAUAUGGUGCAUUUCUACAGUGCAGGAAAAAACAAACACUAUUAUCUGUCCUCAAGAGGACUCUGGACAAGAAAACACAACCAUCUCUGAGAAGAGGAUGGAGUCAUAUUUCAAUAUCAUUGCAAGCGAAAGGGAGAGGUCCGGUUAGGUGAGAGUAAGACAACGAUGGCAUCCGUCUGCUGCUCUACAAACUGACAGAGCUUGUAGACCUGCUGCUGACAGUUAAAUUUUCCAGCUGCUCUUUUCUCUCGGUUAUUGCGUGCAGAUGGCCUAUUAAAACAUGUUGUUUUGAAACCGGUUAUGAUGUCUGCCUUAUAAAUGGGCCAGCCUGAUUAGAACCUUGUUGGAUCAUCAGGCGAUGGACUUCACUCUUCGUGACUGUACAGUUCUGAAUCCACCUACUUAAGCUGGACUUGGUUGGGGUUUUAUUCAAGAUGAAGCUAAAAGCGUUUUGGACUGAUUUGAUCUGGAGAUUGGUCCGGCCCAUGCUGGAUUGAUUACAUCACUCUGUUUCUGGUGUUCUAGAAUUCAGGGUUGUCCUGGAACAACCUUGGAGUGGAGUGUUCUCAUCUCUAUGUUCCACAAUGUGUUCUUCGGCUCAUGUUCUAGAACAGGGAUGGGCAAACUUUUUGGCUUGAGGGCCACAUUGGGAUUUUGAAAUUCAACAGAGGGACAGACACACAUUAUAUUUUUCACGAAAUAAUAAUUCCCCCAUCAAAAGUUUAUUAAAAAAAAUACUCAAACCUCCUGCCGGAUUGAAUGUAGUUUGCUCACUCCUGUUCUAGAAUGACCAUGUAUAUUUACUGUAGUACCUUGACCAGGGACCUACUAUAGGCCAGCCUAGUAAGGGUUAAUAAAUUGUACUCAUGGUGUAAAAAAAAAAGGAGCAUGCAAAGAGGUGUUGGGAACUCAAAAAGAAGUUCUCCACUCAGAAAACGAAUGGCACCAAUCUGGUCUUUAUUUCCAUCUCACAUCCUGAGAGAGACGUAAACAUUCAAUUCAUCUAAAACCACUCUCACAAACAAAGACUGCAGCCAACACUUCUGUUCUGUAGAUCAUCCAGAGGCUCUGAGUGUGUGCAUUUGUGCUUGUGAAUGUGUGUGUCUACGCGAUAUGUGCAUGUGUACAGUGCAUUCGGAAAGAAUUCAGACCCUUUCACCUUUUCAACAUUUU